UGCUGAUUAGCGAAUAUGUUUUAACUGUAACUUUACUUUACUGUUGUGGUAAAUAAAGUAAAUAAACAAAAGUUGUUUCAUUGCUAUGUAUACCAAAUUUGAGAAUAUUUUACUGAUAUUAAACUGUUAAAAUUUGCUUAUCUGAAAUGAUAUAAUCUUUUAUAAUGAGUGGAGGUUUGUGUCCUAGCAAAAGUACAGUUUAUCUUAGCAACUUGCCAUUCUCCUUAACCAAUAAUGAUUUGCACAAAAUAUUACAGAAAUACGGAACAGUUGUGAAAGUAACGAUCGUAAAGGAUAAAGAAACUCAUAAAAGCAAAGGUGUUGCUUUUGUUCUCUUCUUGGAUAAAGAAUCGGCUUAUAAAUGUGUGCGUGCUUUAAAUUGUCAACAAUUUUUUGGAAGAACUCUAAAAUGUAGCAUAGCUAAAGACAAUGGCAGAACAACUGAAUUUAUUCGAAGAAAAUUCUAUAAAGACAAGACACAGUGUUAUGAAUGUGGUGAAUAUGGACAUCUAAGUUACGGUUGCCCAAAAAACAUGUUAGGGGAUAGAGAAGUUGUGAAAAAGAAGAAAAAGAAAAGAUUUCAAGAAUAUGGUGAGAGCGAAGAUGAAUCAGAACAAGAAGAGGAAGAAGGCGAAGAUCCUCAAGCAGAGAGUCUCAGUGCUGCUAUUCGAUUUCAGCAAGAAAAAGUCGAAGAAGAAGAGUAUAGAAUGAAAGUUAUCACUGGCGAAUACGGCGAAACAAGCAAUUCAGUAAAGAAAAAGAUAAUCAAGAAAAGCGAUUAUUUUAGCGAUGAAGAAGAAAUAGAUGAAACUUAAAAUUGAACUGGUCCAGCUUUCAUUCAUUCUUGUAUAUACUUACAUCAUUUAUUUUACUUACAUUUGGAAAAAAAAAUAUUUUUGAAUUGUUUCGCAUUAUAUAUAUAUUGGACAUUAUUAAAAUUUUGUUUUUAACUAA